GUAAAGAAAAAAGGGCCAUUUUUCCCUUCAUCCGAAAAGGCCCUCUUUUUGCUUUUCUACUUCUUUCUUUUCUUCAAAACCCUUUUUUUUUGUGUGAAUGGCUAAACUGGCGUGCUUGGAUGAUUAUGAGACGUUGGCCCGCCAGAAGAUGGCAGGUGGCGAAUUUGGAUUUUACUGCACUGGCGCCGAAAACGAAGUGACCUUACGUCGUAACCGUGAGGCAUACGAUCGUCUGCUUAUUCGACCCAAAGUCUUGAUCGAUGUAUCCAAAGUGAACACGUCCGUUACAAUUCAAGGCCACACACUCGCGUCCCCCAUAUGCGUAGCUCCAACGUCCUUGCAUGGCAUGGCCCAUCAUGAGGGCGAAAAGGCUACUGCUAGAGCAUGCGCAUCGCUCAACACUUGCUACUGCAUUUCGAGUUACAGCAACUAUUCCAUGGAGGAAGCUGCUGCUGCUUCUGCUAGCGUCGAUGAGGACGCCCUUCGAUGGUUUCAGUUGUAUGUGGAACAGGACCGCAAGCUGACUGAACAGCUCGUGCGUAAGUGCGAAAAGGCGGGUUAUAAAGCACUCGUGCUUACGGUGGAUCGACCUGUGCUCGGCCGUCGACUUCAGGAAGUCAGGUAUAUUACAGCAAUCGUGUUGUUUCAAUACAAUGGAUUAUACUCUUCCAGGAGAUAUCCUGUUACUGAAUGUACUUGUGGGCAAUAUAUACACCGCGUUCGUAGAUCGGGAUUCAAGUUGCCCAAGCAUCUGAGAUUUGGAAACUUUGAAGAUCGGGAGCAUGAUGGAUAUUUCGGAUAUGAUGUGGAUGCUUCACUCAACUGGGACGAUGUAGCAUGGCUGAAAAAUUUUACCAAGCUGCCCAUCAUUAUCAAGGGUAUCAUGCGUGCAGAUGAUGCAGCGUUAGCAGUACGCCAUGGUGUCGCCGGUAUCAUUGUUUCCAACCAUGGUGGUCGACAACUCGACACAUGUCCUGCUACAAUUGAGGCACUACCAGAAGUUGUUAAAGCAUGCCGAAAUACCAAUGUAGACGUGUAUGUGGAUGGAGGUAUCCGCAGAGGAAGCGAUGUCUUUAAAGCACUAGCAUUGGGCGCGAAAGCUGUAUUCUUAGGAAGACCGAUUAUCUAUGGAUUAGUGCAUCAGGGUGAGGAAGGAGUGAAGCAAGUUUUGACGCGUAUCCAAAAGGAUUUUGAAGCCACCAUGGCCCUGUCUGGCAAGUAUUUCCCCCCUCUUCUAUAUUUCUCUUUCGGCCUGCCACUAAAACCAUUUUUCGCUCCAUGAUAGGCUGCACAAGCAUAGAUCAGAUUGAUUUGGACAAGGUGAUUCCAGCAGAAGAGAUGUCAUUUUCGCGUAUAUUAGCUAGAAUGUAAUAACAAUAAACAAGUAAUUUUUUUACAAAAAGCAAGAAGAAGCA